AUGGCUGAGCUGAAUUAUGGGCAGAUGCGUUUGGCCAUGCAGACAGACGAAGCCAAACGCGCUCGUCAGCGUGAACAUGUCAAGAACAGCUACUACCGACAACAGGCGAGAACAAAUGCUGCCAAGAAAAAUGUGAUGAAAGCUCUGCGCCGCAAGGUUUGCGAGUUGGAGCGUGAAUAUUCGUGCACGAUCCAGCUGAAGCAGCAGCUACAGUUGCGCGAGGAUACAGGGGCUUCGGACAGCGACAAGACCACAAACGACCUGGUGGAGCAAUAUAUGCAAUUGUCUAUCAAGAAACAGCAACUCUGUCGAGAGAAUCAGGAGCUGGCGCUUAUAGUGGCUAAGCAUGCGACGUUCCAGUUCAAGAUGCAAAACUUCCUGGACUCGAAGCCCAAACUGACACUAGAGCCACCUCCAAUUACGUACUCACCAUCCCGUGCAUUCCAGGUGAACGAAAUAACAUUGGAGUCUUUUUCAGUUCCAGAGUGCCAUCAGAUUGCCCUCGAUGCAUACCAAGAGAUCCGUAGUUUCUUGCAAAGCAAUAGCUACCUGACCUCCGGUCUCGAGCUGUUUGGAUGGCGUGAACAGCGACGAGAGGCGCCGGAUCAUGUCAAGUUCACGCUCAAAAAGCGCUUUCCCGGCGUCAAUUCUAUGGAAAUGUCAGCCCGUGGCUGGCGCGUGUUGUCUUCGCCUCGAGGUCUAAUGGGACUGUACUCGUCCACGAUGCGCUUGUCGAUCAAAGUGUUGCAGGUUGUGGAUGAUCAUAAUGUAAUCAUGUAUCGUGUCAUCACAAACACAAAUACGAUGGCCACUGUCCAGUCGUUGUUCCUGGUCACGCGCUUUCACAUGGCGAACGGGUACAUUAUACUCUUCCGAUCAGUAGACCACAAUCGGCUGCGAAGGAUUCACCCAGACGGUAGUAUCGGGACUUGGGAUACACAAGGUGGAGGAACACAGGUCAAGUGGCUUGACAUGUUCACAUGGACUUUAUUUGAAGACGAACCAGACAAUGGUAAUGCUGUGAUCUUUAGCUACGGUGGGAUCGUGUAUAGCACACCGGCUGCUGAUACACGUGUGUGGAUGCUUGAGAUCUUGUCGCUUGCUUUGCGAUGGGAAAACAAAGUUGUGGGACCACCUUUAAUGGUGAGUGGGUGA